AGGAAGGAAGGAAGGAAGACAGGGAAAGGAAAGGCAAAGGCGCAACGCACCAUAGCCAAGCAUCUUCUCUUUGCAACUGUGCCUCCGGCGCGCCCAGCGGGCGCGCGACUCUUCCUCCCGGGAGCCGAGGAGUUUGGCGAGUUACUUUCGGCGGGGCUGCAACGCCUGCCUCCCGGCUGCCAUGGAGCCGAAGCACAAGGAGCUGCUGGCCCAAUGUCACCAGAGUCUGGCCCAGGCCAUGACGGAGGUGGACAAGGUGAUCGAGCUGCUGGAUGCUGCCGGGACCCUGAGCCCCAUCGACUUACGAGAGCUGCAGGAAGCCGGGAUGGUAACGGGAGGAGGAAGCGAUGAUGGAGGGAAGGAGGGAGCCUCUGCCAGCGCCUGCAAGGCCGACUUGCUUAUCAAGCUGCUCCUGGCCAAGGACCGCGAUCACUUCCAGGACCUGCGCGUGGCCUUGGAGAAGACGCAGCCUCACCUGCUUUCCAUCCUGUACCUGAAUAACGGCGUGACGGGUGCGCAGCCUGGCGAGGCCGCUGGGUCGACUUACAGCGUACUGUCCAUAAUGCCAUCAGACUCUGAAAGCAGCAGUUCUCUCAGCAGUACUGGUACAACGGGUAAACCAUCAUCACCACCCCCUGCAGUCAUUGAUGUGAGGCAGAUGAAUGAGAAACUGGAGACCAUUUUGUUUCAGCUCCGCCAGGUUACCCGUGAGAGGGAUGAGUUGAGGAAGCGUCUCGCACUGUCGUCUCCUGGUUCAACCUUUGAUGACUGCAGGUCAUGCUCAGCUGAAAUCUAUCUUUGUGGUAGGCCUAGCCCCAAGCCAAACCAUGAUUAUGAAAGGCUGAAGAUUCAGUGCAUGAAGGCAAUGUCCGAUCUGCAGUCUCUACAGAACCAACACACCAAAACGCUAAAAAGAUGUGAAGAAUCUGCUAAGGAGGCUGAUUUCUAUCAUACACUGCACAGUCGUCUGCUGAGUGACCAGUCGCAGCUGAAGGAGGACAUGGACACUUUGAAGCGGAAGAACAGCCAGUUGGUACGAGAGCACAAUCACCUCCAGCAGUCAUGUGAGGAAAUGAAGAGACUUCAUGAUGAGGAUCUGAAGGAGAUAACAGACCUGCGCAGUCAGCAGCAGCAGGUGAUGAAGCAGAAUGGGUCGUCAGAGAUACUAAAUAAACUCUACGAUACAGCGAUGGACAAGCUGGAGGGCGUGAAGAAGGAUUAUGACACACUUAGGAAGCGGUACAAUGAGAAGAUAGCGAGUCACAAUACUGAUCUGAGCCGAUUAGAGCAGACAGAAGAGGAGAACAGGCGACUCCAGAAGCAGAUUGACAUGCUGAUGAAACAGCGGGACACAGCAAUACACUUCCAGCAGCAGUACUCCACCUCUCUGAGAAGGUUUGAGACCGUGCAGCAGGAACUGAGCAAGGCCACUGCCCAAAACAAGGAGCUACAGAGAGAGAUGGAGCGUUUGCAGGCAGAAGUGACGAGGUUUAAAACAAUGCAGCUGAAAGCCGUGAAGGAUGCAGAGAAGUACAAGGAAGAGAGGGACUCCGUUUUCAACGAGUACCGUCUCAUCAUGAGCGAGAGGGAUCAAGUCAUCAAAGAAGUGGAUAAGCUGCAAACAGAGCUGGAACUUGCCGAAUCCAAAUUGAAAAACACAUCCUCAGAGAAAAGAGUGGCUAGUGAGGAAAUGGAAGCCUUAAGACAGGAGCUGAACUCUGCUCUAGUGGAACGAGAUCGAGCAAUCUGUGAAAGGAAUGAGCUCUUGGAAAAGUACUGCCAUGAAGUGAAAGACAAGGCUGAAGCCCAGAAGGAGCUGGAUCAAGCCUGCAAGGAUAUUGAGACGGUGAAGGAAGAGAGAGAUGUGGCUAGGAAGGAAAGAACGGAAGCCAUCAUCCAGAGAGAUCAUCUACUGAGAGAGUACUAUCAAGCUCGCCAGAUACAAGAUUCUGCUACACUGGAUAUAGAACGAGCAAACAAAGAAAUUGAAAUGCUGCGGAAGCAAUACGAGGCAAUGUCACAGGAGUUAAAAGAAGCUGUCCAGGAAGCAGAAGUCGCAAAAUGCAGAAGAGAUUGGGCCUUUCAGGAACGCGACAAGAUUGUGGCAGAACGAGAGAGCAUACGGACUCUGUGUGAUAACCUGAGGAGGGAAAGAGACAGAGCAGUGAGCGACCUGGCUGAGGCUCUUCGCAAUCUGGAUGAUAUGAGGAAGCAAAAGAACGACGCUGUGCGUGAAUUGAAAGAGCUGAAAGAGAAGAUGGAGAAUCAGUUAGAAAAGGAAGCAAGGUUCCGGCAGUUGAUGGCCCACAGCUCUCAUGAUUCAGCCAUCGAUACGGAUUCUUUAGAGUGGGAAACAGAAGUAGUAGAGUUUGAGAAAGACAGGGAAGAUAUGGAUUUGAAAGCCCUUGGUUUUGAUGUGGCCGAAGGUGUGAAUGAACCAUAUCUUCCCGGAGACUGUGGAAUAUUUGUUACCAAAGUGGACAAAGGAAGCAUUGCAGAUGGUCGAUUAAGAGUGAAUGAUUGGCUGCUGAAGAUAAAUGAUGUGGACCUUACCAACAAGGAUAAGAAGCAAGUAAUAAAAGCGGUACUUAACGGCGGAGGAGUUAUAAAUAUGGUUGUUCGCAGAAGGAAGUCCUUAGGAGGGAAAGUGAUAACACCACUACACAUAAAUCUUGCUGGCCACAAAGAUAGUGGAAUUGGUCUAGAAAAUGGAGUAUUUGUUGCUACUGUAGUGCCUGGUAGCCCAGCUGCCAAAGAGGGAUCCCUUGCAGUGGGAGAUAGAAUAAUUGCCAUAAAUGGCAUUGCACUAGAUAAUAAAUCACUGACUGAAUGUGAAGCUUUGCUGCGAAACUGCAGGGAAUCACUUACGCUUUCAUUGAUGAAGGUUUUUCCUCAGAGCUCAAGCUCAUCUUGGAGUGGUCAAAACAUAUUUGAAAACCUCAAGGAUUCAGAGAAAAUAUCAAACUGCAGGGUCCAUGCAUCGGAGGUGCAGGCUCAGAAUAAAAGAAACUUAAAACACAACAGCUCAACCCAAACAGACAUUUUCAAUCCAGACAUAAUGGACACCAAGAAGGAUCAGAAUGAUCAGGACAGCAACUUAUACUGCGAUCUCAAACCAUUCUCCAACACGGUUUUGCACACAGAGUCUCACCAGAGUGCAGUCCAUGGGUGCCACAGUACCUCUGAACACAGCCUAGGCUCCUUUAGUCCAGAUGUGUUUCGGGAACCAAGCUAUGGCAUUGUUGGUCUGGACAGCAGGAGACUGCCUUUUGAGUCCACAGUAGCAGACUGCAUGGUGAUUGAGAGUGUGUUGGACAAAGGGCAUGGUGAGAAGCACAGCGGUGGCACUUGGCCCAAGAUAAUGGUCAACAUUACUGCUGCAGAAACAGAAAAAUUCUCUGUGUACAAAAAGCCAAAACAACGGAAGUCCAUUUUUGAUCCGGACACUUUCAAGAGGCCUCUGACUCCUCCUAAGAUGGACUACUUGUCGCCCAGUCAGGUGUUGGGACAUUCACCCCAGCCCUCCAAAACGGAAACCAUUUCCACCCCUCCCACCCCUCCCAAGAGAAGCGAUUCUAUUAAGUUCAAACACAAACAGCAAGCAAGUUCCACCUCGGACUCCACCGCCAUGACCGGCUCGCCACCAUCCAGUCCUGCCACAGCUCAGCCUCCUGUGUCCAUUGAACUCAAGCCAGAUUGUGGUAUUCAUAAGGGGCGAGGUAGACCUUCUGGACAUUAUUACAGGGAAGAGGGGGUUGACACUGCACAUUUGCCUUCAAGGAAAUCCUAUGAAGAUGACAUUGGUUUUCAAAGAAUGGAAGAGCCCAAAAUUAAAAGGCCAAGGCCCAAGUCUGCUCCUGCCUUGAGACAUAAACUAACCCCUGUGCCUAUUCCUAAUCCACCUCAUCAGGUACAAAAAUACACUCCAGCAAGUGAAGAGCAUCUUUCUCCUGAGCUGCAAGAAUGGCCAAUGUAUUCACCAAAACAGUCUGGUAGGCACAGUGAUGGGUUUGUCCCUACCUCUUUAUACCCUGGAAGCCUGUCAUCAGGUACGGUACCAAGAAACAUUGCACCAUGUCCUGCAGUAACAGCUGUUAUGAGAAAUCCUGUUUACACUGCUUGGAGCCAUAGAGUUAACACCAGCAAUUGCCCUUCUGUUGCCAGCCAAUAUUGUUAUCAGCAUCUGCAUCCCAGUGCUCAACACCAGGGCCGUCUGAGUUUGGACCUUAGUCACAAGCACUCUAGUGAGUGUUCUGACAACUCACGCACAAGGUCAUCGCAUGGUUCAAAUUCACUGCCUUCUAGUGCAAGACUUGUAGGUUCUUCCAGCAACUUGCAAUAUAGGACAGAACGAAUAAAAAUACCAUGGACGCCAAGAUACCCGAGGUCCGUCAUUGGCUCCGAUAGGGGUUCACUGUCUCAUUCCGAAUGUAGCAGCCCCAGCCUGGUAACCCCACCGCAGUCACCGCUUAACCUGGAGACCUCAUCCUUCGCCAGUAGCCAGUCACAGAACUCGCUUUCCACCUUGCCCAGGAUCUCAGUGAGCCCAGUAUCUGUAGGGCAACGUCGAAAAGACAAGCCUUAUAUGGAAGAACCGCGGCAUGUCAAAGUGCAGAAGGGCUCAGAGCCACUAGGAAUCUCCAUCGUAUGUGGUGAAAAUGGUGGGAUCUUUGUCUCUAAAGUGACUGGUGGCAGCAUCGCCCAUCAGGCUGGACUUGAAUAUGGUGACCAGUUACUGGAGUUUAAUGGAAUAAAUCUGCGGAAUGCUACAGAACAGCAAGCGCGGCUCAUCAUCGGACAGCAGUGUGAUACCAUAACUAUUCUAGCACAAUACAACCUGCACAUGUUCCAACUUGGCAAUCACUCACGAUCAAGCUCUCGGCUAGAACCCGUGAGCAGCCAUUCCACUCCACAAGGCAGCGGAGCUGCAACCCCUGACAGCCAUUCCAUAAUUGACACUGUGAGCGAACAGGAUGAAGGGACCAUGACGCCUCCAUCCAAGCAGACCACCCCAACCACCAGUCCCCGCAAUUCAAUCAGGAAUUCUGUAGACACCAGCAAGAGGACACCUGAACCUAGAACAGUUACCAUUAAGAAGUCCCAAGUGGAACUCGGAAUCCAGAUCUGUGGUGGAAACCUGCAUGGUAUUUUUGUGUCCGAUGUAGAAGAUGACAGCCCUGCCAAAGGACCUGAUGGGCUGGUGCUUGGAGACAUGAUACUUGAGUAUGGAUCUGUUGACAUGCGGAACAAAACAGCCGAAGAAGCUUAUCUUGAAAUGCUCAAGCCAGGUGAAAAUGUUAGAAUAAAAGCUCAGUACAGAAUAGAAGAAUUCAACAGGAUCAAAGAGUUACCUGGAGAUGGAUUCUAUGUCAGGGCACUUUAUGACCGGAUUGCAGAAGUGGAGCAGGACUUGAGCUUCAAGAAGGAUGACAUUUUGUAUGUCGAUGACACUCUGCCGCAGGGGAACUUUGGCUGCUGGAUGGCGUGGCAGCUGGAUGAAAAUGGCCAAAAGCUGGAAAGAGGACAGAUUCCCAGCAAAUACAUGAUGGAGCAGGAGUUCUACAGGAGGCACAGCAUGUCCGAAGCUAAAGAUGAAAACAGCUCUGCAAAGACAUCGUCAGCAGCAGCUCGGAGGUCAUUCUUUAGGAGGAAGCACAAGCACAAACGCAGCGGGUCCAAAGAUGGAAAGGAACUGCUAGCCCUUGACACCAUCAGCACAGACUCCAUCCCUUUUUUGGAUGAUUCUGUAAACCUUGCUUAUCAACGAGUCCAGAAAGUGGACUGCACGUCUCCCAGGCCUGUGCUUAUUCUAGGGCCAUUACUUGAUGCUGUGAAGGACAUGCUAGUCAAGGAAUCUCCAGGAAAAUUUUGCCGGUGUCCUCUAGAGGUGAUGAAAGCUUCUCAACAAGCCAUCGAGCGGGGUGUGAAAGACUGUUUAUUCAUAGAUUAUAAACGUAGGAGUGGACAUUUCGAUGUGACAACUGUUGCCUCAAUAAAGGAGAUAACAGAGAAGGACUGUCACUGCCUCUUGGACAUUGCUCCUCAUGCCAUCGAGCGGCUCCACAGCAUUCACAUCUACCCAAUCGUCAUUUUUGUCCGUUACAAGAAUGCCAAGCAGAUCAAAGAGCAAAAAGACCCCGUCUUCCUGAGGGACAAAGUUACGCAGAAACAUUCCAAAGAACAGUUUGAGACUGCUCAGAAGAUAGAACAGGAAUAUAACAAGUACUUCACAGGGAUUGUCCAGGGAGGCCCUCUCUCGAUCAUUUGCACUCAGAUCAUGACAACAGUUGAUCAAGAACAGAACAAAGUCCUGUGGAUUCCAGCCGGCCCUCUAUAGACAUAUGCUGUGAAGUGACUGAAACUCUGCAACAGAUUCAUACAUAAAACAGUUGCUUGCGGUGGGUGUUGUUUGGUCCACCCUUGGCUGCCUGUAUGGUUGGUACAACUUGGAGGUCGUCGCGGACAACAUCUGUGAGGCAUUUGCGGAAGGCGGUAGGCCUUUCGCUGGCAGAAUUCUUGCACAUUUGUUCCUAUACAAAUGAAUGCAUGAAUGCAGAAUUUCUUUUUCAUAAGACUGUGAUGCUGCAAAGAGAGAGAGAAAGAGAGAACCUUUAGGAUACGUUUACAAAACCCUCCCCCCCCCCAAUCCCAAGUAUUUGGUGGUUCAUGUUUACUUGAAUUUUUUUUUUAAACAAACAACCUGUUCAGGUUCCCCUUCCCUGGUCACCCCCUGCUUAUUUCUCCUCUGCUUCUGAUACAAAGAAAACCAAACGAAACAGUGUCAAGUUCCUACUCAGCUGAGUGAGCAUGACUUUUUCAUGAAGUUCUGUCCUUCCAUAACAGCUGUUCUACCUUCAAGAACAAUCGGUCGUGUGGAUUGUGAAUGGGUUUUCUUAUAGGUACCCAUUUGGGGAGUAAAUUCAGGGGGGAGAAGCACUCUUCCGAUAUAUGGGUGAGGCCACUGUUUGUAUCUCAUAAACUCCUUUGUCUGUUAAAAAAAGUUAUUGGCUUCUUUUAUGCAUGGGUUAAUAUUUAAAUGUCAUGGCGUAUCUGAUCAAACUGUGCUCAUUGUGUAUUCAGAAUAAUAAUUUUGGGUUGCUGGGCCUACAUUAAGCAGUAAAUCAUAAGGGUUAAUAGCUGUGUCUAGAGACUGCUUUAUUUUAUCACAUUUAGGUAGUCUAUGUAAUUGGAAGCUUACAUUGCUCAAACUUUGUUCUUUUGGUGUGUAGUAGCCAUAGGGAUUUUUAUUUAAUUAGAAUUUCAGUCUCUAUUAUAGGGAUCUGACAACCUGUAGUGUGGUCCUGUAACUUGUUAGUUUUGCCACUGUCAAUAAAUGUAGUGUGUGUCUGUUUUGUUUUUUGUUUUUUGUUACAAUAUGUAUCUUCUCACUGUACCAAAUUCCAUUCUAUGUUUCUUUUUGCACUUCUGACUUCAUUUCCCAACCGUGUGUUUAUCUUUCUUUUCCUUCGUAAAGAAUUGCAUGUCAUGUUUUGUAGGUAAUGUAACUUUAUUGUUCAAGUAUCAUUUAAGUAGGACUAUAUUUGUGAUGACUGCUCCUAACAUUUCAUUAUGUACAUAGGUUUUCUUUCAUCUGUUUUUUCCCCUUCCAUUUUUUUUAGUUUUUGCUUUCUAUUUGCAUUAAUUAAAAAAAAGGGAUUCUUCUUGCACAGUUGUUCAAAGACAAAAUUUGGUUGGAAAUUUAAACCUCUGUUUUGCAGAUACUAUUUUAUAAUUCAAAAUACAGGAGAGAAAGAGAGAGAGGAAAAAAAUGUAGAAAGGCUAUUGAUAAAUUCUUAGUUAAAAUACUGUUUAUAAGUUGAGGGACAACAUAUAUUUUUUUUAAAGAGGGAGGCCAGAGUUGGACUUCAACGGUACGAUUGAAACAGACCGGUACUGUUGCAACAUGGAUUUUCUGAACUCAAAAAAGUCACUUUGUAUGAAAACAAAAAAGUUGUGUUAAAUAAAGGUCAAUUUCUAUAACUUGA